UGUGGACCCUAAGUUGAUGAAUAAAGAAACUCUGGAGGAAACAGGAAGCUUCUUACUUUCAGGCAGUCUUCCUCAUCACUGCCUCUACACCAGACUCAGCUCACUGCAGAAACUCAAGGAGGAACUAGCUUUCACUGUCUGCCUACAAGUCCAGUUUAACUCCCUAGAUGAGCUAGUCCAGUGGAACAUGGACGUUAGCAUCGGCAAGCCCCUCACCGCCAAACUGGAUCUCAACCGUCCCACCAGGAAGAACAGCUGUCAGCUGACGUGUCUCAUUCCGCACAGCCCCUCGACCAGCCCCAGCCACAGCCCCGCGUCUGACCGCCGCUUCCACAGCCAGAGCCCCUGCUUCCCCCAGCUGUACGCCAACCCCUACCUCAACGUCUGUGAGCCUCUCCACGGAGCUGUAGGGGGUUAUGGGGACUUUCGAUUGUACGUUGACCAUACAUAUCAAUAUGAGAAUAUGCCAUGCUCACCCUUCCUGAACCCACCAAGUAUUCCCAUUGAGACCACUGAUGACAUUGACGACAUGCAGAAUGAGUUCAUGAAUAGUUUGCAGCUCUAUAACCAUCCCUGAGUGAGUACACAGUGUUAAACAGAUGAUUGAAGGGAUACUCCACACAAAAAUGAAAAUUCUC